GUUUGGCUGGAAAGUAAGGAACACAAGGCGCGUGCGAAAAAGGAUCCCAGUUACAAGGAGUACGAGCAGCGGUGGAGUGAGUUUUCUCAAGCGGGUAUUGCACGUAAAGGCGGUGGGGACUCUUUUACCGCAAGCGCCCGCCCCACGCCUAAACGCGUGGUGGAGGAAUUCAUCUCUGGCUCCGCGGGAGGCAGUCUCAAUAGAACCCCUGGUCUCACCUGCGCGUCCUCUGUUCCCUCGCGUCCUGGCACGCACUUGCUGGGGGAAAGCAGUGGCGUCUCCCACGAUGUCUCGCUGGAGAGCAACGCUUCCUCUGUGGUAAUGUUGCCUGACUUCUCCCCAAACAACGGCAAAUUCUCUCCCUUUGUGCGGGGCGGUGGAGUGGCCCACCAGUUUGGAACGCAGCUCACACAGAGUCACGUGCAAUCGUCACGAGUGCUACCGCAAUCGAUGCAAAGACAUGAUGCUCCUUCUCGGACUAGCCUCUCGGACGCAUCAUGUAUGACGGGCGCGGGGAAGCCGGCAACUGGCUUGGCACGCCCAUGUGGUGGACCCACGCAAUCGGUUUACACGCCCACAGAGCUUUUGGAGCGCACGGUGUUCAUUACAAAGCUACCUUCCUCUCUACGAUGUGCGCAGUUUCGUCGGCUGCUGCUUUACUUUGGGGAAAUCAACAAGGUACGCCUGCGCCGUGACGACAAUCAGGCUCAAACAAAAACUGAGGCUGUCGUCGCCGCUGCUUUUUCUGCGUCUAAGGCAGCGACGCUCUCUACCGCCUCUACUGCUGGUGCGCAUGGUGGCGCGCUUCCAGUGACUCUGUUGCUUAGUUUUGUGGAGUUUGCCGAACCAGAGAAUGCCAAGGCAAUGAUUGAUUACUGUCGCAAUGCCAGCACGAAGUCGAAGCCCUUCAGUUUUCUUAGCGAUGCGCCGGCUGAGUCGCUGGAAUCGAGCCACUUUUCCCCGGAGGAACUGCAGAGGCUGCUGAGCGUCAGAGCAAGCCCCGCACGGAAACCUAUUCACGAUAAGCGUUCUCUGGACGCCGUGCUCGUCCCCGACAAAAAAUGCCCCCGUCGUGUGCUGCGGCAGCAGCCCUGCCGCUUUGGCUGUGACGGGGGCGGAAAGACGCUUGGCAGCGACGUUGAUGCGGGAUUGCCGGCGUCGUCCGCUUCUGCGGCUGGUUUCGCAGGCAGCGGUGGCGGGUUGGGGGGAGGCGGCGAGGGGAAUGCGGGAGUUGCGGGGGUCGCCGCGUCGGAGUCGCCGCAGUGGCGUUCCGUCGCGGCGUCUGCCCUUCAGCCGCCGCCGUUUCGCGACGACGCGUCGGAGGCGCCACCGCUCUGGCCGGCCGUCGGCGCCGUCGCCGUCCCGGCGACGUGGCUGGAGCAAGAGGUGGGGCAGACGGGCGAGCUCAACCCGUUGGAGGGGGUGUCGUUCCUGGGGGGCGCCGACGACGCCGCGAAGGUGGAAAACAAAUGCGGUCUGCCGCCGCGGCUCCAGUCGUAUGUUGAUGAAGUCUUUCGCUAG